CAAGAUCAAUGUGCUGGAGGUUAGGGACCUGUUUAUUUAAAUUGUUGUCUUUUCAGUUAUUUUUUAUAAAACCGUUUGCAGUCUGGGAGUUAGCACACAGUGAGGCCCCAGAGAGGAGCAGUUACAAAGCAUGCAGAGGGCUUUGAUUUGCAGAGGUGCACUUUUGGUACAGCAGGUAACACUGAAAAGCUCCCUGACUACUCAGAUUUCGUCUAUCGUGCCAUGUCCUCCCUUACUGUCCCAGCACCUGCCUCUCUACUCCUGCCCCUGAAAGUCCCCGACCGUCUCUUGUUAGGACCUGGACCCUCCAAUGUCCCUCCGCGUAUCCUGUCUGCAGGAGGGAGACCCAUAAUUGGACACAUGCACAAGGAAAUGUUUGAGAUAAUGGAUGACAUUAAAAAGGGAAUCCAGUAUGCCUUCCAAACAAAGAACGAGCUGACGAUGGCGAUCAGUGGCUCUGGCCACGUUGCCAUGGAGGCGGCGCUGUAUAACGCGGUGGAGCGAGGGGAAACCGUCCUGAUGGGAGUCAACGGCAUCUGGGGAGAGAGGGCAGCGGACAUCUCUGAGAGAAUGGGUGCAGAUGCUAAAAGAAUAGUCAAACCACCUGGUGAAUGUUUCACCCUCCAAGAAAUUGAACAGGCCUUGUCAGAACACAAGCCAGUGCUGUUUUUCAUCACACAUGGAGAGUCUUCGACUGGAAUAGCACAUCCCCUGGACGGACUAGGAGCCCUGUGUCACAAGUAUAACUGUUUACUUCUAGUAGAUUCUGUGGCUUCUCUAGGUGGAGCCCCCAUAUACAUGGACAAACAAGAGAUUGACAUUCUGUACUCUGGAUCUCAGAAGGUCCUUAACGCUCCCCCUGGUACAGCUCCCAUCUCCUUCAGUGAGAGGGCAAAACAGAAGAUCUUUAGUCGGAAAACAAAGCCUGUUUCAUUCUAUCUGGACAUGAGCUGGCUGGCCAAUUACUGGGGUUGUGAUGGAAAACCCCGUGUAUACCACCACACUGGACCUGUCUCUGGAUUAUUUUCCCUCAGGGAGAGCCUCGCCAUUCUAGCAGAGCAGGGCCUAGAGAACUAUUGGAAGCACCAUCAGGAAAUGGCCCUCUAUUUGCAUCAGGGACUUGAGAAAUUGGGUCUUAAACUCUUUGUGAAGGACAAGGAUGUGAGACUCCCGACAGUGACCACUAUUGCUGUGCCUGAGGGCUAUGACUGGAGGGAUAUCACAGCAUACGUCAUGAAGAACUAUAGCAUAGAGAUUACUGGGGGGCUCGGCCCAUCUGUAGGGAUGGUGCUGAGGGUUGGGCUGAUGGGAUACAACUGCACAAAGGCCAACGCUGACCUGGUGCUGCAGGCUCUGGGAGAUGCACUGCAGCACUGCCACAAGAGCAAAGUGUAGCAGCCUGGACAAGCAUGGCACACACAGGUGCUGCUUCAGCCACACUGACCCAAUAAAGACAGUAUCGUACACUGGGCAUGGCGCUUUGUGUGUCCUGUCUUCUAGUAACAGGCCAAAGUGAUUAUGAUGGACAGGUGCCUGGGCUCCCAUCCCACUCAAUUUUAAAUUGACUUGCACGUUUAACAAGACAUUGUUCAUCUUUUUUUUUGGUAAUCUUUGCAAAGAAUAAAAUCUAAAGAAUUCUAUGAUUUUUA